UGGCAAGUCCACAGAAACAGAAAGACCCAAUUCCAUACCUCACCAAACUGUAUAUAUAUUUCAACCCAAACGCAGAUUGGAUUCAUCACUCGCUAGUAGCUUCUGCUCCUACUCACUCAUUCAAAGCUAAGCCUUCGUCUUGUCUCUGUUCCAGCCUUUCAGUUACUCUUCACCAAUUGCCCUGCAAAUUGAAAACCAUCCGCAAAUGGGAAAGGUUUGUAUAAAUAUUAUCUCUUCUUGGUCUAAGUUUGAAGCAGCAAAACUACAAAUUAAAAUUAUGUUUGUACUCUGGAUUUCUGAAAUUCUGAAUUUCCCUUUGAAUUGACCCAACCUUAGCUUGCUCUUAUAAUUAAACUUAUUUGGAUUUUUAUAAUUGGCAGCAAAAGGUAGUAUUUAGCAUCAGCAUGAGGGAUGAAAAGGCUAAAGUCAGAGCACACAAGAUUGUCGUUCACCACUCCGGAGUUGUUUCCACGUCUGUGGACCGAGAGAAGGGGCGGAUAGAGGUGGUCGGCGAGUUUGAUGCCGUGGCUUUGGCCGUUCAGCUGAGAAGAAAACUUGGUCAAGCUAGUAUAGAGACUGUGGCCCCCGUGGUUGAAGAAAAGAAGAAAGAGUAUAGAAGAAAUGAUACCCCUACACCCCAAUACGGGACAAUCACUUUUGAUCCAUACCCUUCCUAUCAAGCAUCUUCUUACUACUACAGUUAUUAGGCUAAUAGUUACAAUAAUUAAUGAUUGUGAACAUGUGUGGGAGGCAUGAUAUUGUAAAGGAACUAAUAAACCUAUUUAUAUAAUUGAUUUGAUUGAUAUAUUUCAAAGUAUGAAGACCUAAUUGACUUUUUCGUGAUAGUACAAGAUACAAGUUGAC